AUGCCUCGCAAAAAGCAAAAUAAGCGCAGCGCCCAGGCGAGUGCUGAGGGGCCAACACCAGCGAAGGUGCCCAAGGAGGCUAAGUUCCUCUCCCAAGAGGACAAGAUCAUCGGCUGCCUCUAUAGUGAAAACAAUGCCGAACGGAUGUACCAGAUCUGCCACCUACCCCACUGGUUCACUCUGCGGGGCACAAGCCCGUUCCCCUACCCCGAAGAGAACUUGAUGCGCAUCUGGAAGGGUCUGCUCCACACCAUACGGAUGUCGGAGAAGCCGCAGGACCGAGAGGAACUGGUUGAACAGGCCGCACAAAUGGUGGACAGCUUUGGUGGCAACACCACUUUGAGCCUGGCCUACUUCAGUGCCUUCAUGCGCACCACAAGCGAGGAACACUCGGGAGUCAAACUGAAGAGCAUGGAUAAGUGGGUGCUGAUGCUCGUUCGUCGCAUGCUCCGCCACGUGCUGCGUGUGUUCAAGCACACUAAAUGGUCAGCGGAGCUGAUCGGCGCAUUCAACAAAAGCAUGCAGACGAUCGUCCUUUCCGAAAAGCCCAAGAGCCGUGGCCUCACCAUGCAUUAUCUGGAAAUUUUCUUCGAGGAACUGGCCAAGGAGGCCGAUGGCGACAUCACUGCCGCCCAGGUAAACACAUUUUUGCUUCCGUUCGUCACAUACGUGGCCACGCAACUCGAUGGCCACCUGCUAGCCCAGUGCCGUGCCAAGGUGCUGCACCACCUGGUGUACCAAAGCGACUUGGGGCGGUCAUAUAGCAAAAAGUACAAUGCCUGGAAGCGUAUGGGCUUCCCUACGGCCUCUAUUGAUGACUUUGAAAGUCCCGAAAAGGAGACCUUUUCCCUCGGGCCCCUGGUGGGAAUUGUGGACUGUGAGUUGCCAGUGCUGCCGAUCAAUGCAGACUGCGUGUUGGACGAGCUGCAGAACCUGAUAGGCUCCAGCAAGAUAAACCGCAAUCGGCGCAAGAUUUUGGGUGAUCUUCUCAAGCUUUAUGAGACCUAUAAAAGCGGGGAGUUUCCCUUUGGAGUGCGGACCAGGCCCACGGUGGUCGACCAGAAUGAGGAAACGGCUACACCCAAAGCCAACCAAGAGUCGGACAAUGCCAGAGACGUCGCCUUGAAGCGGGAAAUCUCCGUUCCCUCAGUCAACCAUGAAAAGAAGAAGCUUCUGCAGACAGACAGUGGCGAACUGGGUGAGAUCCUGUUACCGGAGCUGCAGCACAUCAAAAUUGAAACAAUAAGCGUGCCAUCCAGCAUCAACGAUGAGGUGGAACUAGUCAAUGAGCAGCUGGAACCACGCAUAAAGACUGCCGGACUGCCAGAUAAAGAAACACUCCUGACCAGCCAGCAGGCGGAGCUUGGAGGGCAACAACACGUCGCUAUCUCGCGCAGGCAUCUGUUCCUGCUUAACAAAUUUAAUUUAUUGGAGACUGCCAAUUGGCUUGAUCAUCAUUUUGGAAUUACACAGCCGAGGGUCAGUGGCGAACAGGCCAACACAGCCUGUGCGGUGGAACAAGCUGCGGAGUUAAGAAACGAAAAUGGCGAGCCCAAGGCAAAGAAAACUAAAGUGGAGCAGCACAAUGCCAAAAAUCCUGUCCAGGCGGAGCUGAAGGCGAAAACUCAGGAAGGAGGACAGCCCGAUCCGAAAAAUGAUGUGCAGCCGCAGACUACGGCUGCAGCCAAGGCCUCUGAGGCCUCCUUGAAGCAUGGAAAUCUUGGGAAAAUCUCCGAACCCCCGCGCAAGCAGGCAAAGAAGACCAAUAAACCUGGGCUAGCCACUCCAAAGUCACCCAAGGGGGUGAAGAUCAAGAUCGAACCGAACUGGUAA